GCCGAUUCUCCCUACGGAACACACGCAGCUGUAGUUCUGGUCAGAAUGCAGCCGGCUCGCAGCAAUAUGUGGCGACACGCAUGACAUGUCGGCCGGGUCAAAGGUCGGGCCCUGGCGGUGCUGCAAGAUGCAUCACCCAUGGCCCUCAACAACAAGAUGAUGCAGUGCCAAAGCGUCGCUUGCGUCCAAGAGAUAUGCGAGAACCACCUGCUUUCUUUCGACUCCAUCAAUCUAGCAUCCGCGAUUCAUCGAGUGGCCAAGCUGGCAGACCAGAGUACAUCGCUGGACGAGUUUGCAGCUGUUCUGGCUAAAACCGUGGACGGUAUUCGGCACGGCCAGCUCAACUCGCAAUGCCUUGCGAACGCAGCAUGGACUCCGGCUACGUUGCUUUGGCAUGGCCAGCCGGUGCUGGCGGCUGCCUGGGCAAGGUGUCAGACAACCCAACUGGCUGGCCCCAAGGCCCAAGAGAUUGCCAAUGCAGCCUGAGAGUUCAGGACGCUGGACCACUUUGAGGAAGGGCUUUGGGAAGCCACCGCAGUCGGCAGGCAGGCAAGAUGACAUGAGCUUUCGCCGCAGCACCUGGCAAAUCUCGCGCGAGCGUCCACCACAAGCCACGUGCGUCAUGCAGCGCCAAUGGAAGAGAUUGCUGCUGCCAGCCUGCUGAAGGUGUCAGAACUCCAGCCGCAGGGUGCUGCCAAUGCCUUGUGAAGCCUCGCGGCGGCAGAGACGUACAGCGGUGCUGUCUUUGCUGCAACGGGCGAGAAAGCAGCUGCACGAGCCGACGCCUUUGAGCCGCGGCACUUGGCCAACGUCGCGCGGGCUUGCGCGGAAGCUACGUACAGCCAGACUCCUUUGACAGGAGUGAUCGCAGCAGCUGCUCUGCCGCUACUGGCAGAGCUUCGAUCGCAGGAGCUGGGAAGCAUGCUGCGGCCAUCAUCGAGGUCGGGUGGUCCAUUGUUGGCUUGGCCGCUCUUCUCAGCUGCUGACAGGCUGCGCCUCAAUGUUGGAAUGUCUGGGCUCAGCGCCAUGCUGAGCACCAGUGAGCGGCACCGAGCGCCUUCCAAGAGAUCCUUAGCCAAGGAGUUGCGUCUUCUCCUGCGGUGCCGUGGGGACCUCCGCCCAGUUUUCGCGGUGGUGGCUGCUGAGCGCGCCGCGGAAGCCGGCGAUACCAAGAAGGCGCUGCGACUCCUUGAUACAUUCGCGUUUGAAGACGCCCUCACUGCCCAGCUGGCGAAAAACUUGCGCAGGGCGUGUGGUGCAACGAUCAACUUCGAUCAGGAAGAUAGAAGCACCUUGGAAGUCUUGCAAAGCGAGACUGCAGGCAAAAAUGGGUUGCUUGCAUUGCUGGUCGAAGCUGCCUUGGAGCAUUGGUCAUGCU